ACGCUCUGGGACUACCUCCAAGAAGAGAUCUUCACGGUCGAGAUGGACGGCGAGGAGGGCGUCAAGGGCGAGCGCGUCACCAACUUUCUCGCCGUACCACAAGAGCUCGAAAAGAUCAUCAUCUUCGGCGUCUUCAUCUGCCUCGACUCGUUCCUCUACACGUUCACGAUCCUCCCGUUGCGCGCCUUUGCCGCCCUCGCCCAGCUCGUCUCGAACGAGGCGCACAACGUCGUGCGGGUUCUGCGCGGCGCGAGGGCGACGACACGCAAGCGCACGCUGCGCCUGUCGCACAAGUGCGACCUCGUCAAGGCGGCCAUCCUCGGCGGCACGCUCGUCCUCCUGCACAAGGUGACCGACGCGAGCAAGAUGUACCACGGCGUGCGAGGGCAGGAGACGAUCAAGCUCUACGUCUUGUUCAACGUGCUCGAGAUCGCCGACCGCCUGUGCUGCUCGUUCGGCCAGGACCUUCAAGACUCGCUGUUCAGCCGGCAGACGCUCGGUCGGCGCACCGACGGCUCGCGCCCGCACCUCCGGCCCGCAGCCCUCGGCGCCCUCACGCUCGCCUACGUCGUCGCGCACUCGGUCGUCCUGUUCUACCAGCUCAUCACGCUCAACGUCGCCGUCAACUCGUACUCGAACGCGCUCUUGACCCUGUUGCUCUCGAACCAGUUUGUCGAGAUCAAGGGGUCCGUCUUCAAAAAGUUCGAGAAGGAGAACCUGUUCCAGUUGACGUGCGCCGACAUCGUCGAGCGGUUCCAGCUCGGCCUCAUGCUCUUCAUCAUCUCGCUGCGCAACCUCAUUGCGCGGUCGUCCCUCCCCUCCCUGUCCCUCCUCUCGUACCUUCCUUCCCUAUCGCCCUCGUCCCUUCCGCCCCUGUCGCUCCCGGCCCUCCUCUCGCUCCUCCACCAGUCGUUCUCGCCCGCCGUCGUCGUCCUGUGCAGCGAGUGCGCCGUCGACUGGCUCAAGCACGCCUUCAUUACCAAGUUCAACCACAUCCGGCCCGGCGUCUAUGGUCGGUUCGUCGACGUCCUGUGCAAGGACUUGGUGACGGGCGCGGGGAGCGGCGGCGGGAGGCGGACCCACGAGGGCGAGCCGUUCGUCGACCAGUCGCCCCUCGUCUCGCGCCGGCUCGGGUUCGCCGCGCUCCCGCUCGGGUGCCUCGUCGUGCGCGUCAUCAGCCAGGCG